UCUUGCUGACAAACAACAACAAAAAUAAUCAAAUCGUUCUCUCCCUCACAAGUUCCUUCCCCUCUGUUCACCUUCACAGAAGCAACUUUCUUGUUGGUUUCUCCUUUUCGCGCUGCCACAACCCGAAACCGUAACCGGCUGAGGAUCGCUCUCAGCUCAAAAGGGAAGCUCAGAACGGUCUAGGGUUUCAUUUUCAAAUUUUGAUUUGGUUCGGGGGCGAUGGCGUCGAAGCGGAUCUUGAAGGAGCUCAAGGAUCUGCAGAAGGAUCCUCCUACAUCUUGCAGCGCAGGUCCUGUUGCUGAAGACAUGUUCCAUUGGCAAGCAACAAUCAUGGGUCCUCCAGAUAGUCCCUAUUCCGGUGGUGUGUUUCUAGUCAGUAUUCAUUUUCCACCAGACUAUCCAUUCAAACCGCCAAAGGUUGCUUUCCGUACUAAGGUCUUUCACCCCAAUAUCAACAGCAACGGUAGCAUUUGCCUUGAUAUUUUGAAGGAGCAAUGGAGCCCUGCACUCACCAUAUCCAAGGUCAUUCUCUCUACUGUUUACCAAUAUGAAAAGAUUCAAGCUUUUCUUGUGCACAUGUUCUGUGCUGUGUAUUUGGCGUAUGUGGGAAUUGGUCUCCAUUACUCCGUCACCUGUUACUGGCAGUAUUGCUCAAGACCUUCUCUAAAUCGAAAGGAGCAGUAGUAAAGUAUAUUUCUGUUUUGUCAGUACUAAAGAAUCAUGGAAUCGAAUGGUGCAGGUGUUGCUUUCGAUCUGUUCCCUACUGACCGAUCCCAACCCAGACGAUCCAUUGGUACCGGAGAUUGCCCACAUGUACAAGACCGACAGGAGCAAAUACGAGACAACCGCCAGGAGCUGGACUCAGAAGUACGCGAUGGGCUAGCACGAUCUGCCGCGGUGUGCAUUCUCCGGGAAAGGAAAAGCUGUCUUUCCUGUUGUGCCAUUGGGUCAUGAAAGAAAAUUGUUGUGUAUGAAAGUAAAAGUAUGAUAUUGCUGUCUAUCUUAUGAAUGGGACCUUGAAAAAGAAAAUGGUCAAGUCUGUGUAGACAGACUUCUGUGCCCUGUUCUCUCUGAAAUCAAACACAACUGCUUGUUUUUUAAUUGCCUGUCUCUAUGAGAAUCUAUCUGUGGAAAAUUUCCUUGAGAAAACAGUUCUGAC